GGAGAAACAAAUAAAUUGGAGGAAGGAAUCAUGGUUUCCAGUUCCACCAUCACCAACACCUAAGAAAUGCGGGAUUUAAGCUGCGUCUACAAACAACAGAGUUCCAAAAAUAAAUAAAACCCUAAUUUUCCACCACAAGUCUCUGAAGAUUGGUUUGCCUUGAUAUACACGCUUCUUCUCUUUGGUUCGAAAGCUUUUAUUCAUCUCCUUGACAAGGUCUAUCUUCUUCUUCUUGUCAUAAUAAUUCAUGUCUGAAUUGAUAGUGUUAAGCCUUGCUACUACUCAGUCUUCUAAAAUAUUGAAUCGUGCGUUGUUCGUUAGGCAUUACAGGUCGUUAUUUGAUUUCUGAAUGAUGGCAACGCCGUCUAGUACAGGGAAAACGAAACCAGACAACCAAAACCUCACCAGAUCAAGAUCUCUUGGCAGAAAGCCAAAGCUGGCACAACCAUCAGAACCUGAAACGAGCGCAGAUGGUUCUGGUCGGAAACCAGUUGAGAAGAAGUCUUUGCCCAAUUAUCUGAGACCAACAAUCAGCUCGAGACCUGACCCGGUCAAAUUCUUGAAGAAGAACAACUCUGUCGAAGACAAGCUUCUUCGUAGACGUUCGUUUGAUCGUCCAUCUUCUUCUUUGACCUCUCCAUCAACUUCACCAUCCCAGAAAUUUCUCAAUACCUCUCCUCUUGCACGCCCACGAGACAGAACAGUUGUUCCAAGAGAGAAGCCUGUCACUGGUCUGCGCUCUACGUCAUUCCAUGGAAGCAGCAGAGGCGGUCUAAGAGGAAGCAGUUCGGUGGCUUCGAGAGGAUCUCCAGGGGUAAAGAAGAGUGGUCUGAGCGGUGCUAGUUCUUCCAAGAACAAAAAGGAAGGUUCUGAGAAUGUUCCAAAGAAAUCUUCGGGUAAAGAGAUGGCCCCGGACUCUUCUCCUGUUGCGCCUCCUCACGAGGAUGAAGAGGAGAUUAUCAAGGUUGUACAAGUUUCUGACAACAGAGAAGAACCGAAAGGAGACAAAGACCAGGUUGCACAACCCGAUGAAUCUGUGGAAGAGAAGGAGAACCAUCCACUGGAUGCCUCCACAGAAGAAGAAAAAGAGGAGCUAAUCAACGAGAAUACAACAGAGGAGCAGAAAGAACCAGAAAACAACAGUGGAGACAAGGAAGAAGUUGAAACGAAGGUUGUUGAUGAGGAGGAGACAGUUGUUACUCCAGAUAUGAAAGAAGCUGCGGAUGUCAAAGAUACUAAGGAAGAGGAAGAAACAGAAGUUAUAGAAGAAACAACAGAAACAAAGGGUCAUGUAGAAAAUUUACCAGAGGAAGGAACAAAGAAGGAAGUGGUGCAAGGGAAGAAAGAAUCUCCGACAGCCUACAACGAUAUAAUAGCAAGUAAGUUGCAAGAGAGCUCGAGGAAGAACAAGGUCUUGGCUCUUGCUGGAGCUUUUCAAACCGUUAUUGACUAUGAAACGGCUGCAUCUAAGUGA